AGCCCCUUAAGGAGCCCCAGGGGCCCCUAGUCCGGCUCCCCACCCUGAAGACAAGCAGGAGCCUUAAAUCCAUGAGCGGAGGCCCGACGAGCCGAGCAGCGCCCGGCCGGCCGCCCGUCGCCCCGAUACCUGCCGGUGUGAUUGGAUGAAAAGUUAAGUUGGGGUCGGCGGUGGAGGGGGGGACGCUGCGUGUCGAGCGGCGCGGAGCGGCGCGGCGUGAACCGUGUCCCCGCCGGAGCAUGCGGUUGUUGUGCGUGUGACAUGCCCGGAGCCACGCAGCGGUGACGGGGAGGACGGACGGAGGAAGAGCGGGGCAGCAGCGCGCGGCGGCCGGGCCGGGGAUGGACGAGGAGCCGGCGGAGAGCGAGCCGCUGGAGCCCGCGGAGCUCCGGAGCUGCGAGCAGCCCGAGCUGCUCUCAUUAAUAAUAAGCGGGGAGGAGGAAGCGACGCAGGACGGCAGCGAGCCGGGAGACGAGGGCGCUCUGGCUAACGGCCACGGCGAGGAGGAGCGUGAGCCCGGCGUGAGCACGCCGGUGCGAUCCCCGGGCACCAGCUACUGGAGCAUCACCGAGGGCCCGGACCACCCGCUGCUGCUGUCCCCGGCCCCCGGCCCCUCCGGCCGGAAGCCCCGGGUGCAGCGGGCGUCCCGGCCGGGCCUGAGCCGCAUCCCGGGCCGCGACCACCGCCGCUACUACCACGAGUACUGGCGCAGCGAGUACCUGAUGGACUUCGACCCCCAGAGGCACGGCAUGAUCUGCAUGGUGUGCGGCAGCUCGCUGGCCACGCUGAAGCUCAGCACCAUCAAGAGGCACAUCCGGCAGAAGCACCCGGACUCCCUGCUGUGGAGCGCCGCCGACAAGGAGGUGAUCCGCUCCGGCUGGGAGAGCCACCUGGGCCUGUCCGGGGGCCCCGAGGCCCCGCCCCCCGCCGGGGCCGGCCCCGAGGCGCCGCGGCCGCACGCCGCCGCUUUAUCCAGCCUGGAGCCAGCGGGCAACACCUGUACAGGAGAGCCCGCAGACCCCCUGUCCCCCCAGGACCAGCCCCAGCAGCCCCCCAGCGUGUCCCCGCCCCCUGCGGAGGGCGAAGCCCCCCCGCCGGGCGAGGAGGAGGAGCCGGACCCGUCGGCGCCGUCGGCCCGCACCCUGGAGCGCUACCUGAAUGACUCGCUGCACGCCUGGUUCCGCCAGGAGUUCCUGAUGGAGUACGAGGCGGAGGCGGGCCGCCUGCUGUGCAUGGUGUGCGGCGCCCAGCUGCCCUCGCUGCACCUGGACCACAUCAAGAGCCACGUGUUGGACACCCACCCCAACUCCCUGGUCUACAGCUCCGAGGAGAAGCACUGCAUCCUGCAGGCCUGGGCCCAGACGCACGAAGAGUCUGAAAACUCUGUCCAAUCAGAGCCCAACACCAAAGAGACCGUGGCGGACCACUUCAGCGAGGACGCAGAGGCCCUCCACCUGGACCCCCACCUGGACCCCCACCUGUUCCCGGAGGGCGACGGCACUUUAACUCAGGACACCUGUCUCAUCGGGGAGGACGGGGGUGUCGGGGCCACGCAGCUGGGCCCCCCGACCCCCCGCCAGCCCAAGAGGAGGCGCCUGCGGGGGGGCGACCCGUGGCGGCUCCGCCUGGACUACCUGGUGGCCUACGGACCGCGGGCGCAGGGAACCUUCUGCAUGGUCUGUUCUCAGGUUCUGCACGAGACCAAGGUGAGCAGCUUCCGGCGCCACAUCCAGGAGUGCCACCCCGAGACCACCGCCCUGAGCCUGGAGGACCGGGAGGCCAUGGCCGCCGCCUGGACCAAAGACUCCCCCGGCGAGGGGCCGCCCCCCACGGACGAAACCCUCCCCGCCGAAGCCGGGGACGCCCCCCCCGACGACGCCACGGGCGGCCGACAGGUGAAGAAGGAGGAGGGCGGAGGCGGCGGGCGGGGCAAGUGGCGGGACGGCGGCGGCGCCCCGGCGCCCCCCCGGCAGGGCCACUACCCCGGCAAGGACCAGCGCCGCAACUACCAGGCGCGCUGGAGGAUGGACUACCUGAUGGACUACGACGGCCGCCGCCACGGCCUCAUCUGCAUGGUGUGCGGCGCCACGCUGGCCACGCUGAAGGUCAGCACCAUCAAGAGGCACAUCCAGCAGGUGCACCCCCACUCGCUGGACUUCACCCCCCAGGAGCGGCAGCAGGCGCUGCAAGGCUACAGCCAGAGCGGCCUGCCCUUCCUGCACUCCGAGGACUGCUUCCCCCCCCAGGACCACGGACCGCCCACCACCGAGCCGGGACCCCCGCCCUGCAGCUCCUAGAGGGGCUGCUGCCCCCCGCUGCCCCGCUGAACCCCCCACUGCCCCGCCCAGCAGCUCCUGGAGGGGGCUGUCAGCAGGGGGUAAUUCUACGAGGGCGGGGCCCCGUUGUAGGUGGGGCUGUGGUUGUGGGCGGGGCCCUGUUGGUAGGAGGGGCUGUGGUUGUGGGCGGGGCCCUGUUGGUAGGUGGGGCUGUGGUUGUGGGCGGGGCCUGCUGUGCUCUCAGGAAGUGACGGUGUGUGAAGACAACGCAGCACUUUGUGUUGGAGUGUGAGCUGACGGAGUGAUUGACGCCCUCCUGUCAGACCCUGACUCUUGUUUACAGCCCCCCCCCCCCCCCUGUAAAUACAGACGGAUGUUUUCUUUCUUAAAGCACUUUUAGGUUUCUACUGCGCCUCUUUUCUACCCCUCAUGCCCCCGGCGCUUCACUUCCUCCUUCACUGUAUAAAGUUUAUGCAAAGACCGACUGGAGGACCGGAUCCGUCUCUUCAUCCGGACCACCAAACUCAGGGAUUGUUUCUCCAUCAGCCAGCGCUCCAGCAGAGACCUUCAGGACGGACAAUCAGAGCCACUGUCCAGAGACCCCCAGACCCCCCAGAUCCCCCAGACCCCCCCAGAUCCCCCAGACCCCCCAAGAUCCCCCAGACCCCCCAGAUCCCCACAGAGGUCUCCAGAGAUCAUCCAAAGACAACCUCAGAGACCCCCUAGACAUCCCUCCCCCUCAGAGUCCCUCCAGACCCUCCGGCCCCCCAGGGGCCUCCCCGCCCCCCCAGCCGAACCCUGGGCUGCAGACUGAGGAGUCCUUGAGGCUCAGUGAUGAAUCAGAGCCAAGAUUCAGACGUUUCUACCUUUUUUAAUCAUUUGUAAUUUAUUGUUUCUUUUGUCCAGCUUCAACUUUAAUUCCUUUUUUUCUUCUAGCAUUAGUUUUUAUUGUGAACAUUUAUUUUCCCGAUCCUCUUUCUGCCAUUUUGUUUUUUUUUGAAGAACUUUUUCUUGCCCUUAUUUAUAUUUCUGGCCAACAUGUCUUCUUCUCUUCAGCAUUUAUUUUCAUUGUGCUAAUUUCUCCCUCUAUUUAUUUCUUACUUGCAUCUUUCUUCUUCUUUUUUUGGCUUGGAUUGAUUUUUUUUUCAACGUUCUCUGUAUGUUUUCGGUUUGCUUGGUUUCAUCUGGAAUCCCUUGUUUGUAGAAAAGGAGCAGGUCUUGAAACAAACCCAACGGAGACAAAGCACUUAACCCGCCUUCUUCACCUCUCAGCCAGAGACCAGCUCCCCGACGCCCACAGAACGCCAAGAGAGAAAACCCCGGGAGGCCAAGACUAAUGUUUAUUCACAACUCAUGAGAUGAGGAACAUUCUAAUAUAUUAUUUAUUCCCGCGGAGGAAGCCUCUGGUUUGUGUGGCUCCACAGUUCCUGGGUAUUUAUUGAGAACCGAGGCCUGAAACGCAGACCCUGCUUCAGAGAGGAGGGAGCAGCACUUAUGAUCUGCUGAGUGUGUGUGUGUGUGUGUGUGUGUGCGUGCAUGCGUGUCUGUGUGUGUGCGUCGACCUUGUUUCUCUUCUUUCAUCUGUACAUGGCCAACAUGUGACUUUUGCAUCAUGUCCUCAGUGAUCUUUGAAUA